AUAUACACAUUUUUGCCAUCCACAGUUCGACCCCUCUUUGAUAGGGCAAUAAUUUUUCCAAAGAGGGUCCUCUCUCUCUCUCUCUCUCUUUCUGGAAUCAGAAGAAUAAUUCUUCGGCAUCUCAGAACACUUUUAUUUUUAAUUUUUCAAAUUAUUUUUUUACCUUUUUUUUCAUAUAAAACUAAAAAAUUAUUUUGUUAGUUUAGUUUACUGUAAAUUUGAAAGCAAAAUUUUUAGAUUCAGUUAAAAAAAAUUCAAAAUCAUGACUUCAGCUGUCGAGAUCAACGGUGAACAACUAGUUAACGCUCUUCCCGAUCUCUCGAUUCAAGAUCAGAUUGAAGUGAAGAAGAAAGGGGCUGUUGUUGAAGAAGGUUGCGAAAACCACAGUGGAAUAUGCGCGAUUUGUUUAGAUAAGAUAAUGUUGCAGGAAACUGCACUCGUAAAAGGUUGCGAGCAUGCUUACUGUGUGACGUGCAUCCUUCGAUGGGCAACAUACAGUCAGAUGCCUACGUGCCCUCAGUGUAAACAUCCAUUUGAGUUCCUUGAUGUUCAUCGUUCGCUUGAUGGCAGAAUCCAUGACUACAUGUUCGAGGAAAGUGUUUGCUUACUUCUUAGAGCCACAUGGUUUAAACCAUUGAUUGUGCUGGAGGAACGCGAAGAGGUGUAUGAUAAUCUGGAAAGUUAUUAUGAUUAUUAUCCUUACGAAGAUGAGGACGAUGAAGAAGAUGAAGUUUAUUACACCAAUUCACCGAGUCUCCGCAUCGGCAACCGGAGAUGGGGUGAUAGUGGAUAUGUAAGGUCAGGGCGCCAAGAAGCCAGGCCUGUUCAACGAUCCAAUUUCCAGGACUCCACUGGUGCCGGGUCCUCACGCGAGCCUAAGAAUAAAGAAACCACAAAAAGUACAAUGGGGAGACGAGCAAAGAGAACGCUCAAACGUGAGGCUGCCAAUAAGGCUGCUGAAGAAAAACAUCAAGAGCAUUUGAUGAGUUCGAGGCUGAAGUGAUUUUCUUCGACGUUGAAGUGUUUAAUAAAAACCUUAUACUGAAGAAUAAGAUAAACCGGAAUCCAUGUAUUUGGUUCUUGUAUUGUACAGUAUUUUCUUUCUCUGCAACAAAAAUAACGACAUUGUCGAAUUCGUAUCUAUCGGUUUAUGCAGUCAUCUUUAAGAGGUGACAUUCAGUUAACCGAUCUCGGCGUUGUAUCUUCUUCCUUGGUGACUUGGUAGGGAAGGAUUUGUUUGUAACUUUGAUAAAUUAAUUCCAUUAACUAACAAAUUACAUUCCAA